AUGAUCCGAAUAUUUCCGGAUUUCAGCGUGCAGGUGACGGCCGCGGCGGCCGGCGGGGCGGCCGCGGGGGUGCCGGCCGGCGCGGGCAUGGGGAGGGCCGGCGCCGCGGCCAACGGCACCCCGCAGAACGUCCAGGGCAUCACCUCCUACCAGCAGCGAAUAACUGCCCAGCAUCCUCUGCCCAACCAAUCAGAAUGUAGGAAAAUCUACAGAUAUGACGGAAUCUACUGUGAAUCUACCUACCAGAAUUUACAAGCAUUGAGAAAGGAGAAGUCCCGGGAUGCUGCCCGUUCCCGCCGGGGAAAAGAAAACUUUGAGUUCUAUGAAUUGGCCAAGUUGUUGCCUCUUCCUGCAGCCAUCACUAGCCAGCUUGACAAGGCUUCCAUCAUUCGACUUACAAUCAGCUACCUAAAAAUGAGGGACUUUGCUAACCAGGGGGACCCUCCAUGGAACUUGCGAAUGGAAGGCCCUCCACCUAACACGUCAGUAAAAGUUAUAGGUGCACAACGAAGGAGAAGCCCCAGUGCACUGGCCAUUGAAGUAUUUGAAGCACAUUUGGGAAGUCACAUUUUACAGUCCCUGGAUGGCUUUGUAUUUGCACUAAAUCAAGAAGGAAAAUUUUUGUACAUUUCUGAAACAGUCUCCAUCUACCUAGGCCUCUCACAAGUGGAGCUGACAGGCAGCAGCGUCUUUGACUAUGUCCACCCCGGGGACCACGUGGAGAUGGCAGAGCAGCUGGGCAUGAAGCUCCCGCCUGGGCGGGGUCUCCUCUCACAGGGUACCACUGAAGAUGGAGCCAGCUCAGCAUCUUCUUCCUCCCAGUCGGAGACCCCCGAGCCAGUGGAAUCAACCAGCCCCAGUCUGCUCACCACUGACAACACCCUUGAGCGUUCCUUUUUCAUCCGAAUGAAAUCUACUCUGACCAAACGCGGCGUGCACAUCAAAUCAUCAGGAUAUAAGGUGAUUCACAUAACGGGCCGGCUACGACUGCGGGUGUCACUGCCCCACGGGAGGACCAUCCCCAGCCAAAUCAUGGGUCUCGUGGUUGUGGCUCAUGCCCUGCCUCCCCCUACGAUCAAUGAAGUCAGAAUUGACUGCCAUAUGUUCGUCACUCGAGUAAAUAUGGACCUCAAUAUCAUUUACUGUGAAAAUAGGAUUAGUGACUAUAUGGAUCUGACCCCUGUAGACAUUGUAGGGAAGAGAUGCUACCACUUCAUCCACGCUGAAGAUGUCGAGGGCAUCAGGCAUAGUCACUUGGACUUGCUGAAUAAGGGCCAGUGUGUGACCAAAUACUACCGUUGGAUGCAGAAGAACGGAGGCUACAUUUGGAUCCAGUCUAGUGCCACCAUAGCUAUUAACGCCAAGAACGCAAAUGAGAAGAAUAUCAUCUGGGUGAACUAUCUUCUGAGCAACCCUGAGUACAAGGACACCCCAAUGGACAUCGCACAGCUCCCCCACCUGCCGGAGAAAACUUCGGAGUCCUCGGAGACCUCCGACUCUGAGUCAGACUCUAAAGACACCUCAGAGGACAACGAGAACUCCAAGUCCGACGAGAAGGGGAACCAGUCGGAGAACAGCGAAGACCCGGAGCCCGACCGCAAGAAGUCCGGCAACACGUGCGACAACGACAUGCACUGCAACGACGACGGCCACAGCUCCAGCAACCCGGACAGCCGCGACAGCGACGACAGCUUCGAGCACUCGGACUUUGAGAACCCCAAGGCGGCCGAGGACGGCGGCGGGAGCGGCUUCGGCGCGCUGGGCCGGAUGCAGAUCAAGGUGGAGCGCGGCUACGUGGAGAGCGAGUCGGACCUGCGGCUGCAGGACUGCGAGUCGCUGUCGUCGGAUAGCGCCAAGGACUCGGACAGCGCGGGCGAGGCGGGCGCGCAGGCCUCCAGCAAGCACCAGAAGCGCAAGAAGCGGCGGAAACGGCAGAAGGGCGGCAGCGCCAGCCGCCGGCGCCUGUCCAGCGCGUCGAGCCCGGGCGGACUGGACGCCGGCCUGGUGGAGCCCCCGCGGCUGCUGUCGUCGCCCAAUAGUGCCUCGGUGCUCAAAAUCAAGACCGAGAUCUCAGAACCCAUCAACUUCGACAACGACAGCAGCAUCUGGAAUUACCCGCCCAACCGGGAGAUCUCCCGGAACGAGUCGCCCUACAGCAUGACCAAGCCCCCCAGUUCCGAGCACUUCCCGUCCCCGCCGGGCGGCGGCGCGGGUGCCGGGGGGCUGCACGUGGCCAUCCCGGACUCGGUCCUCACCCCGCCCGGCGCCGAUGGCACCUCCUCCUCCGCCACCGCCACCGCCCGCAAGACUCAGUUCAGCACGUCGGCCCCCGCGGCCUUGGCCCCCGUCGCCUCCGACCCGCUGUCGCCCCCGCUGUCGGCGUCCCCGCGGGACAAGCACCCCGGGGGCGGGAGUGGGAACGGGAACGGCGGGGGCGGCCCGGGCGCGGCCAACUCCUUGCUCUACACCGGGGACCUGGAGGCUCUGCAGAGGUUGCAGGCGGGCAACGUCGUGCUGCCGCUGGUGCACAGGGUGACCGGGACCCUGGCGGCCACCAGCACGGCCGCGCAGAGGGUCUACACCACGGGCACCAUCCGCUACGCCCCCGCCGAGGUGACCCUGGCCAUGCAAGGCAACCUGCUGCCCAACGCGCACGCUGUUAACUUCGUGGACGUUAACAGCCCGGGCUUCGGCCUCGACCCCAAGACGCCCAUGGAGAUGCUCUACCACCACGUGCACCGGCUCAACAUGUCGGGACCGUUCGGCGGCGCGGUGAGCGCGGCCGGCCUGACGCAGAUGCCCGCCGGCAACGUGUUCACCACGGCGGAGGGACUCUUCUCCACGCUGCCCUUCCCGGUCUACAGCAACGGCAUCCACGCGGCACAGACUCUGGAGCGCAAGGAGGACUGA